AUGUCGACGCCGGAAACACGUAAACACUUCCGCAGGCUCAGUGACGUCAAGAUGCGAUUCCGCAGCCACGGCAGCCGUUUUCAGGGUCUGUUCGUACUUGGCGACUCCAUUCCUGGCUUUGUGUCCGUGUCAGGUUUCGCUGACCUGAACAGCGACGACUUCGAAGAGGUGCAUAUUGACGAUCCUAAAGGGACCACGCUCGCUCUAUUUUACUCAUCCGGGACGACGGGUCAUGCCAAGGGAAUGGAGAUAUCUCAUUACAGUUUGGUGGCAAACUUGUAUAUGACGAAGGUCCUGGUCAGCUACCAGCCUGGAGAUGUCCUUCUCGCCUGGUAUCCGAUAACCUAUGCGUCCGGUUUCAUGUUCAUCCCAGUAGCUGCCUCCACCGGAGCCACAUGCGUCAUAGUACAGCCCGGAUUGACAUUUGAACAGUUCGUGUAUUACGUCAAGAAGUACAAGUUCAUCGACUUGGACACAGGCGAGAAGGUGGGACCAAGGCAAUACGGCGAGCUUUACUUUCGUAUCCCAAGCAUCAUGAAGGGCUACUACAAAAAUCCAGAACUAGUGAAAGAGUUUAUGGACGAUGACGGAUGGUGCAGAUCAGGGGACAUCAUGUACUACGAUGAAGACGGCCGCGUCUACUUCGUGGACAGGAUGAAGGACAUGAUUAAGUGCCUAGACCAGCAGGUGUCGUCCAUUGAGCUCGAAGGCCUGCUGCAGAGCCACCCCAGUGUGGCCGACGCCGCCGUGGUGGGAGUCCCGAAGACCAAGUACGGCGACGCCCCGGCUGCGUUCGUCGUUCUGCGGGUUCCUUCAUCGGAGUCACCCGAGCUGGCGGCCGAACUCAAGGAGCACGUCGCAAGCAAAACUGAAAAAUUCAAGCAUCUCUACGGAGGCCUGGUGUUUGUGGACCGCUUGCCAAGGAACACAAACGGCAAAGUCAUCAAGCAUCAACUAAGGCUUAUGUAUGAGAGGUCGAAGGCGUACUAG